GAAGUUUUCCAAGACAGACUAACGCCGUGAUGAUUUUGUUCCUGACACUACUGUUCACAACAGUUGCCUCAAAACCGGCUGACUUGGACGAGAUGGACGUGAUUGGUGGAGACCUCCUGAAAUUACCUAAACCUGCAUUAGAUCUACUCAGCGGAAUGGAACAUCUGAUCGGGACGUACAACUGCGAUAUCGGAAAUGCUCAAUGUGAUGCUUUUAAAGCUCAAAAAAUGAUAGAUGAUCUAGAGUUUGGGAAGGUGAACUGUGAUGAUGGAACGAAUGAACUACUUUGCAGCCAAGCAAAGCAACUGGUCAAGGCAGGUGAGGUGGCGUCUGACGAAGACAUAAAGGUAGCCCUGCUAAAGAGCUACGAGACACUGCUGGUCAAUAAUGAGAACUUGGAUUUACUGAAUGCUGUCUCAGAAGCCAUGGAGAACUAUAUCUGCUACAAGGAACCAGCAUUGUGCAACAUCUUAAGUGAAAUGGAGGCACAAUACCGGAAGUUUGAGAAAGAUGCCAAACCAGCAGUUUGAGAAAGAUAACAAACAGUAGACAUUCUCAGAAGAACAGAUAAUACAAAAAAAAACA